GUCUGGCGGGAAACUAAGGGCAAGAAGCAGUCGCAACCUCGAAACUUGGGCUCAUUGAGGUAUAGUUGUAUCCGAGAGACUCGAAAUCCUAUGUUCACCACAGUAUAUAUAACUUUAGUGAGACCGAAGCUUGAAAAUCAUAUUCAGUCUACAAGGCCCUGUUUAGAAUGUGGCUCGAAUAUCUUGUCGAAGUACAGAGGAUAGCUGGUCGUUCAAUCCCAGAAUUCUGUGGCUUAGAGUACACAGUAUGGCUUGGAGAAUUAGACCUCAUUAGUCAUUCCUAACGCAAGUUAGGUUGGCGGGUUACGAUAGAAAGGAUACUGUAGCAGUAAAUAAAUUCCAAGGAAUAGUUCUAAGUCAUCGAAAGUGAUGCUGACCUCACUAGUUUUAUCAGAAACGCCCUUAAGUGAAGGUAAUCAGUUAAACAGCACUAGAUUACGUUUUGGUACGCCGUGCUGUGGAUCACUCACAACAACCAGUCAGCUUAAACCACAUAUUUCUGGACAUACCGACUACAUUCCAAAUAUAUCUUCAAAAACCAUCAUUCCUGACUUCCGAUUUGACUGGUUUUGAGAAAGGCUUUGAGGACAAUAGAGUUGUCAUGCACCAAAUAUCUAUGACAUAUUUGACUCGAAGAAAUGACUCGGACCCUAUAAAUCAUCCCUCCUACGUUCUGCUAGAUCAUGAGAACUCACCGAAUACAACAUGCUAGUUGUCUGUUGUCAGAAACCAGUAAUAAAUAUGAAUGUUGUAAAUAUGUAGACUAAGUAUGGUUGUAGUAAAACAACAAAGAGUGAGCACAAAGGAGUCAAUCGGUUUCUACAAGUUCGUAGCAAAGGUAUUGAGGACUCAUAUGCUGGAGAAAACGGCACUUGAGGUAUUGAGCAGCUAUUGUGGGGAAUUCCAUUAGUGCGCUUCGCAUCGCGUGGUUGACUUGAGCUAUUGCGCGUAGCUGACAGCCAGCGUCAACUUUCUGUGGACAGAUGGCCUCCAGCUCUGAGUCAGACAUUAGCGCAAGCUGCUGUGAUCAAGAAGUUACACACACAGAUACACCGAAGAUUAACAAGGGUCCAAAGGUCGCUUCUGUUUCUUCUGCUUGGGGAUUGCCGGAACCAGUUCUUCGCGUAGGAAAUCGUACUAUCUUUACGCAUGGACGUCCACCUUGGUAUAAUGCUGAAGGACAAACUCAACAGCCUUUUGUAAUCGGCAUAUGUGGAGGUAGUGCAAGCGGUAAAACAUCUGUUGCCCGCGUAAUUAUUGAAAGUUUGGAUGUACAGUGGGUCAGUUUAAUAAGUUUGGACUCAUACUACAAGGUUCUUACACCAGAGCAAAGACUUCAAGCUAUUGCUUGUCAUUACAAUUUCGAUCAUCCAAGCGCUUUUGAUCUUGAUUUAUUGGAAAAUCAUUUACGCAGGUUACGCGACGGUAAAACUAUUGAAGUACCUGAAUAUGAUUUUAAAACCCAUUCUCGUACUUCUAAAACGAAUACUGUCUACGGAGCUAAUAUUAUUAUCAUUGAAGGGAUUUUGGUAUUCUAUUCGCAAGCUGUGGCCAAACUAAUGGAUUUGAAGGUAUUUGUUGAUACAGACGCAGAUGAACGCUUAUCUCGUCGUCUUCGUCGUGAUAUUAGUGAACGUGGUAGAGAAUUGAAUAGCGUACUAGAACAAUAUAUGCGUUUUGUCAAACCUUCCUAUGAACAAUUUAUUGCUCCAAGUAUGGCUCAAGCAGAUAUUAUUGUUCCAAGAGGUGGACAAAAUGUUGUCGCUCUGCAACUUAUCGUUCAACACAUCAAUAAACGUUUAAAACAGUGUGGACUACGAAGCAGACAUGAAUUCGCUAAAUUCCCGUUCAUACUUUCUAAUGGUGCAUUACCAACAGAUUCCAAUGAUACAACUUGGGAGAACAAUAAUUCAACUGGUGUAAAUAAUACAGUAGAUGAUGUUUUUACAAUGAACAACCAUCUGUAUCAUAACAAGCAAUAUACUACUAAUGGUACAUCUGAUAAAGUAUGUCUCCCACCUCAAGUUCAUGUAUUACCUUCCACACCUCAAAGACUUGGUCUGCAUACAUUAAUUCGUGAUCGGAGCACCAAUCAAGAUGCAUUUGUUUUCUAUGCCGAACGUUUGAUGCGUCCUUUAUGUGAAGCUGCAAUGAAUCUACUUCCGCAUAUGGAUAUAGAUAUCGAGACUCCUCAGGGUAUCACUUAUCGUGGUCGGAAAUUAGCCACUGGUACUCAAAUAUGUGGUGUAUCUAUUCUAAGAGCAGGUGAAGUACUUGAACCGGCUUUAUGCGCUGUGUGUAAAGAUAUCCGUUUGGGCAAAAUUUUGAUACAAACCAAUCCAGUCACAUCUGAACCUGAAUUACACUACAUUCGUUUACCUCGAGACAUUAAAGAUUGUUUUGUUAUACUCAUGGAUGCCACUGUGGCUACUGGAGCGGCUGCUAUAAUGGCUAUGCGUAUAUUAGUGGAACAUGAUGUACCAGAAGAUAAAAUUAUCCUUAUCUCCUUAAUAAUGGCUAGUCAAGGUGUACAUUCCGUUGCUUAUACAUAUCCAAAGGCUCACAUUGUAACUACUGCUGUAGAUUCAGGCUUGAAUGAUAGUUAUCACAUUGUUCCAGGUGUUGGAAAUUUCGGUGAUCGCUAUUUUGGUACUACUCUGGAUCUAGAAACAAGAUAAUGAAUCUAAUUGUUUCUUUUCUUCAUGACAUUCUGCAACACUUUUGCCAAUUUGAGUGAACUUUCUUUUCGUCGUUUACUACUUAUAUAGUCAGGAACCUUUCUAGUUGGUUUUAGUCUGAUUUUUAAUUAAUUCUUUUCUUUAAAGAGUUUUUGUUUUGUUUUUUCUGACAGAUUUUUUCUGGAAAUCUACUUUCACUACAACACUAGCUCGAUAUCCUUGUCUAGUCCGCAUCUCUAUACUUGUUUCAUUCAUUGCAAUUUCUUAUACUCUAUUGCAUGUAGUUUUGUUAUUCCGUCUGACAAAUUGAUUUAUAGUUAGUGUGUUUUCUUCUUUAUGUAUAUGUGUCGAUUUAAUUGAAUUCACUGAUAUCUUUUUGAUGUAUAUUUGUACUUUAUUGAUUAUUUUUGUCUCUUUUUUUACCAUACAGUUGUUUUCUUCCCAAUUGACAAGGAAGAAGCAAGUUUAUUUUCUUUGUAAUAUAUGUAUGUAUUACAGAGAAUUUACUUAAAUAAUAUACUAAUUAUUUAUUGUGUACUAAAGGUUUCAAUAUUUUGUUGUUUAAUCUUGAUUUUCUUUUACAAAUAUUUCUGUUAUUUUAAUACACUGAUAAUUUCCUACUUUAUUCAUCCACUUCACUUUUUUUCUUUAGAAAAAAAUACGUCUAUUUUAGUUUCUACUGUUGCUGUUGACGAUGACGAUAAAGUUAAUGUGAAACAUCUUUUUCUAUAUAAAGUGUGUUCAGAUGUC